AUGGCAGGCCCUGUGGGUCCACGCGGCUCAAGGACCAGGGAGGAACCCAAGUGUGUGGCGCUGACCGGCAGGCUCCAGACCCACCUGGCCCGCCUGGGGAACCCAGAAACCCAGUGUCCGGGGAAACUGGAAGCCGGGGCCGGGGUCCCGCUCUCAAGAGGGCGGGGUCUCCUAAAGGAAACGCAGAGCUUGGGGUGGGCAGCCCCAGAGACCGGGUCUCUCGCGGGGGUGUGGCCACGGCCUGCCAAGGCCCUACACCGAGCGCGGGAGCGGCCCGGGGUGAAAGUGGGGGUCGUAGGGUUCACCCGCGUCUCCCGAGGAAAAGGAACCGCUUGGAACGCGAAGGAAGGACUUGGAGCGCGGGGCGAGAGCCUCAAGUGGGCUGUAGGGCGGGGCGGGGCCUCUGGAGGAGCGGGUGCAGAUCCUAGGGAGGGGCGGGGCCUCUCGGAUGGGGCGGGGUCUUCGGGGUGGUGUCUCCUGAGGAGCGGACGCGGCUGGGAGCUUGGGACUUCUGAGGAGAGAGGUCGGGUAGGGGCCUCCGGGGCGGGGCGGGACCCACUGCGCACACUUAAGUGGGCCGGGCGGGUACUGGCGUCACUCAAUGGCUCUGAGGUGGGUCCUGUCCGCGCCGCACCCGGGCAUUCCCCGACUCGCUCCACUGUCCACGGCGCUGGCCGCCCCGCGAGGAGUCCUCCACGGGCCGGGCCACUGCCAGUACGUGGGUCGGCCGAGGCGGUGCGGCCGCCGGUGCCCGCCGUGGACUUCGGCAACACGCAGGACCGGCGCACCUGGGAGCUGGCGCGCAGCCUGCUGGAGCUGAGUUUCUGCGUGUGGCCCGCGCUGCUGGCGCGCCACGAGCAGCUGCUGUAUGUUGCCGGGAAACUUCUAGGUCAGAGGCUUAAACAGCUGAUGAAGAUGACCUUCUAUGGGCACUUCGUAGCCGGCAAGGACCAGGAGUCUAUCAAGCCCUUGAUCCGGCACAACAGGGCCUUCAGCAUUGGCACCAUCCUGGACUAUGGAGUGGAGGAGGACCUGGGCUCCAAAGAGGCUGAGCACAGGGAGAUGGAAUGGAAGGAGAAGGCCCUGCAGAAGCAGAUGCUCCUUUGGGGUGGUGUUAAACAUGAUGAGAUGGUGCAGCCAACGACGACGACUUCUAAGCCAUUAAGCUCACGGCACUGGGGAGACCCCAGUUUCUGCAUCGUGGACCUGCAGGACUGGAACAGCCUCAUCAACAUCAGGACCAAGCUCUCCAAGCACCUGAUGGUCCCUAACGCACAGACAGGACUGCUGGAGCCCCUGCUGUCCUGGUUUACUGAGGAGGAGCAGCUGCAGAUGACGAGGAUGCUGCAGCGGAUGGGUGUCCUGGCCAAUAAAGCCACAGAGGCAGGUGUGCAGCUACUGGUGGACACUGAGCAGACCUACUUCCAGCUGGCCAUCAGCUGCCUGAUGCUAGAGAUGCAGCGCAGGUUCAACGUGGAGAAGCCACUCAUCUUCAACACGCACCAGUGCUACCUCAAGGAUGCCUAUGACAGUGUGACCCUGGACAUGGAGCUGGUUCACCGUGAGGGCUGGCGUUUUAGGGCCAAGCUGGUGUGGGGUGCAUAUAUGACCCAGAAGCGAGCCCAUGUGGCAGAGAUCGGCUAUGAGGACCCCAUCAACCCCACAUAUGAGGUCACCAACACCAUGUACCAUAGGUCCGCAGCUCUCCCGCAACUCCGUCUUCCAAGGGCAGGGUGCCAAGAAACCGGGACUGAGGGAGGGGCUUGGAGAAGCUGCUGGGGCUGACCCUGUCCCACCCUGCUGGAGCCAUAAGCCCCCAGCUGGAGUGGCAGCCACAUGUGACCCGAGGUCAGAACUGAUAUUUCCUCUGCUUUUGUGUUAUGUAUUGCUUUUUCAAAAACAUUAAGGUUAUUCUUUUAGAAAUAUAAAAAAGCCUAUUAAAGCAAAAUCAGCCACCGUUCCCUGAGCCAGCUCCUACAGACACUUAGAUCCAGAGCUGUGCACGAGCGCCCGGCUCCCCUGCCCCGCAGGCUCAGCCUGUGCUUUUCAGUUUCCACAGCGGGAUCGCCCAUCAGCUGCUCUGCACCUCCUUUUACUCUCUAGUUCUCUUGGUGAUCUUUUCAUGUAGCACAGGCCGAGUGACCAUGGGCUUUUCCUUAGAGGUCAGUGUGCAUGUUGCGAAUGCAAAGAUCCCAAGUGUCUCUUGGUUGGCAUGUUGUGCCACAGUGUACACAUCUGGAGCAUUGUUGUUUGCGUUGUACAGUGUGUCCUCUGCCCAAUGCGUUUUUUAUUUCGCAUUCCAUCUGGGUCCCCUUGUGUGGGCUUGCAGAGCGGCACUUUUAACUGCCAGCAUGGGGUGCCCAGGGCUGUGUCCAGCGUCUUUGAUCUUACUGGUUUUCAGACUGGUUGUUGUCAUAGGGACUCGCUGGACAUACUGUCACCAUCUGUAGUACACAUGGGCUGUCAGGGGUUCUGUGUCAGAGGAUGCAGCUGUCCUAGGUUCCCAGAAAUGGAAUUGCUGGGUCAGGGAAAAUGUAUGCAUGGUCAGGCCUGCUGAGUGUCCUCUCUGCAGGAGGGCCAUACUGCUUGGGCGUCCCGGUGCCCUGGGAUGCCCAACCCCACUGUGGCCUACGGACCUGCUUCCUUUUAAUUUCCUUGCAGGGCCAACGGUACACUGCAGGACUCCUCCCCAGAAGCAAAGCUGUGUUGUCAUGAGGCUCAUGGGCAUGACUGGCCUGGUCCUGAGUCAUGGCACAUUAGAUGCAGAGAUGCUGCUCCCCAAUUCUGAGUGAAUUAUCUGCCCCAGACAUCGUUCAGUUGUUCUUGGUUGCUGGUCUUUCUUUUUCCUGAGGUGCUGGGAGGGGCAGAUGCUGCUCCCAAUUCUCCUGAUGCUGUGGGCACCCUUGGAAAGAGCCGGCUCACUGGAUGGCCCUGGGCCUGGCCUUGGCAUCCUCCAUGUGCAUCUGGUAAUGAGAGGCACAGGCAACCACAGGCCUGGAACUG